AUGGAGCGAGGUUGUCACAUCAACGUGGCCAUGCUGGACGACACGGGCGGCAACGGCCUGGCUGGGUCCGGCAUCGCCACGGUGACGGAGCCGGCGGCCAAGCAGCCGCACGGCUCUACCGUCAGCUUCCAUGAUGUACGCUACAAAGUCCACGUCCAGGGCGGCUUUUUCGGGAGGAAAACAUCUAGCUCUCGACAGAUUCUGAUGGAUAUCAACGGCAUCAUGAGGCCAGGCCUGAACGCGAUUCUCGGACCGACUGGAAGCGGAAAGUCAUCGUUUUUGGACAUUCUCGCCGCGAGGAAGGACCCUUCCGGCCUUUCAGGCGAGGUCCUGAUCGAUGGGGCGCCGCAACCGCCUAACUUCAAGUGUUUGUCAGGCUACGUGGUCCAGGAGGACGUGGUCAUGGGUACAUUAACAGUGCGGGAAAAUCUCCGUUUCUCCGCCGCCUUGCGUCUUCCCGCAUGCGUGUCAGAGCGUGAAAAAGAGUUGCGCGUCAACCGCCUCAUCACGGAACUGGGUCUUGCCAAAGUAGCCAACUGCAAGGUUGGCGCACAGAUGACUCGCGGCAUCUCGGGCGGCGAGAGGAAGCGUACCAACAUCGGGAUGGAGCUCAUCAUCGAUCCCCCCGUGCUCUUCUUGGACGAGCCCACCACGGGAUUGGAUGCUAGCACUGCUAACUCUGUCUUGCUGUUGCUGCGAAGGAUGGCCAACCAAGGCAGAACUAUCAUCAUGUCCAUCCACCAGCCUCGCUACUCCAUCUACAGACUCUUUGAUUCGCUCACCUUGUUAGUCGGAGGCAAGAUGGUGUACCACGGACCGGCGCCAAAUGCCUUGGACUACUUUGCAAACAUCGGGUAUUCCUGCGAGCCCCACAACAACCCUGCGGACUUUUUUCUGGACGUGAUCAACGGAGACUUCGCUGUCACCAGCUUGUCCAAAGUCAACCUUUCUCAAGAUUUUGAGGAGAUGUCGAGCUCCAGGCCGAGUAUUGAGGAGCGUCUGGUAUCGGAAUACAAGAGCAGCAGCUACUACAGCGACACGCUUGCCCAGUUGGAUCGCAUCUCUCAGGACAAACGACACUCGGCGUCGCCCGUGUCCCGCACAGUCACCUACAACAGCUCCUUUGGCCAGCAGCUGCGGUGGGUUCUGCGUAGAACCUUCCAGAACCUCAUGCUGAACCCGCAGACGUCCAUGGCGCAGGUUGUGGUGCACAUCUUCCUGGCUCUGAUUGUGGGGGCCAUUUUCUUCAGAGUGAAAGAUGAUCAGAGCGGUAUACAGAACAGGAUGGGGGCGCUCUUCUUCAUCACCACCAACCAGUGUUUCAGCACCGUGUCGGCGGCCGAACUCUUCAUUGCUGAGCGCAAGCUCUUCGCACAUGAAUACAUCAGCGGCUACUACAGAGUGUCGGUGUACUUCCUGUCCAAAGUUUUGUCUGAUAUAGCCCUGCGCACCGUCACCUCCGUCAUCUUCAGCUGCGGCGUUUAUUUCAUGAUCGGGUUGAAGUGCAGCGCGUCGGCCUUCUCCGUGUUCACGUUGACGGUGACGCUGGUGGCGUACACGGCCACCGCCAUGACCGUGGCCAUCUCGGCAGACCAGACGGCGGUGGCGCUCGCCAACAUCUUCAUGACCAUCACUUUUGUUUUCAUGAUGAUUUUUUCAGGUCUUUUGGUGAACCUUCCGAGCAUUAUGGAAUGGCUGGCUUGGCUUAAGUACUUGAGUAUUCCUCGCUACGGGCUUGCGGCCCUCAAAAUCAAUGAAUUCGUGGGGCUAAAAUUCUGCCAGAACGCGACCGCCGCCGUCACCGGCUGCAACUGCAGCGCACCGACCACCGCUGGACCGACGUGUACGGGAGAGCAACAUCUGGAAUAUUUGGGGAUCCGCUACGACACGUGGGGAUUGUGGGAGAACCACGUGGCCUUGCUCAUCAUGCUCGUCGUCUUCCUCUUUAUUUCUUAUAUCAAACUUCGCUACGUGAAGAAGUUCACUUAA